CGCUCGCGCUAUCUCAAGGCCUUCCGCGAGACGAUGCUCCUCCAUCCUUCUUUCAAUGUGCCACAUUUUGAACAUCGUCUAGCCGCCAUCUUUACUUGGGCGGAGAACGGCGACAGCGCAGCCUGUGCGGUACCCGCGUACGGUAAGCCGCCCAUGUCGAAACAAGAUCUGGCUCGCGAAAUCUUCUUUUCGAACGCCAAGCCUGGCAGUGUUGCUCGUUCAGCGGCGGCACCGGCAGGAGGACCACCGAGCUUAGGACAAAACUCAAACGCGCCCAAGCCCACGCUCAGCUUCUUCUCGGCGGCGUGCUCUGCGUUCGCGCUUGGCUCACUCGUUUCCCGCGACGAGGAUCCUUCGCCGGACCCUGCGCUGCCUCCUUCGGCAUCAUCUCCGGAAUCCGGGAGCGAGACCAGCGGAACUCCAGCGAUGCUUUUCGCGCUCUCGGAGCAGGCGCUCCAGCUGUUCGAGAAGACGGCGGCUUACGACCUCGACUCGGUCAUCGCGAUGAUCCUCCAGGUGCUGUACAUGCUGCACGAGGGUGGGAUGAGCGUUGCGCAGAGUGUUUUCCCAUUGGUGGGCAAGAUGGUCAACGUCGCACGGAUGAUGGGGCUGGCGAUGGACCCGGACGAGUUCCCGGGGACGUACAACCUCUUCGAGGCCGAGACCCGGAGGAGGGUUUGGUGGGAGGUCUACUACUAUGAUCUAUUCGUCGCCGAUGCUAUGGGCCAUCCACCGUUGAUCGCUGACAACACGCACACAACUCGCCUGCCUGCUGAUGUGGAGGAAGACAAGUUCACUCCAUCAUGCAUGUCACUUCCUCAUCCCGAGGGCACAAAUGGCGAUUUGUCGUCUGUCUACUUCGGCUUGAAGCUCCGU